UGCGUGUUUGCUCACGGGAAAAGUUUCGCGGUAUUUUACGUUACAAAUUUCGUAUCUAAAACAUUUAUUUUAAGACCUUAUCCUCAAAAAAAUAAAUAUAUAUAGAUAAACUGGAAAUAAUAAGUAUAGAAUUUCAUUGAUUGAGAAAUCACGGAGAGUUUGUUUUUUUUUUUUAUAUUUUAGUUAAUAAAUAGGUAGGAUUGGUGUGUUGUGUGUGUGUUGUGUGAUGGUGGAGCGAUGAGGUGGCGCUGGGGGCUGCUGGUGGUGCUCGCGGCGGCCGUCGCUGGCAAGGGCAAGAAACACAAACAUCAUAAGCCUGGUCGCGCUGUGCUAGAUCGGCUGAGCAGCACAACACUAAGCGAGAUACCGGCGGGGGGCGCAGAGGUCGCCAGCAGAAGCGGGCUGCUGCCGGCGCCGCUCGACGCCGCCGCGUACUCCGUGGUCGCUGCAAAUGCUACGUGCGGAGACAACGGACCUGAGGACUUCUGCCGGGACACGCCGGGAAAACGAGGCUUAGUAUGCGAUGUAUGUGAGGGUGUGGAUGGGUCGCCAGCGCGACGUCACCCGGCCGUGCUUGCGCUGGACGGAGACCCUACUACCUGGUGGCAGAGUCCUACCCACGCUGGCGGCCAGGAGUUCAGCCAUAUUGAGCUCGUUGCAACACUGCCCGCUAAAAUGGAACUCUUGCACGUCAUUAUAAAGUCCGGACCAUCGCCUAGACCAUUAGCCUGGUCUUUAGAGAUUUCACCAUCUGAAGAGGGCGACGAGUGGCAUAUGGUGCGGGCGUUUGGAGACAGGGAGCACUGCAAGAGGCUGUGGGACCUAAGACCAGAGCGAAGGAGAAGAAAGGCCAGAGGUGCCAAAAGGACGAGCAGGUCGGACAAGCCAACAUGCUCUACGCAGUUCGCCAGUCCACGACCACUGGAAAACGGAGAGAUGCACGUGGGCAUAGGCGAGGGCGUGGCCGCGCGGCGAGUGCGUGUCUCGCUGCGUGCAGCGCACGCCGGGCCCGCGCGCCAGCAGUACUACACGGUGCGUGAGCUCACCUUGGCUGCGCGCUGCCUCUGUCACGGACACGCUGACCACUGCAAUGUCGAUUCUGAGGGUGCGCAGUGCGUGUGCUCGCAUGGUGCGUGCGGUACGCACUGCGAACGGUGCUGUGCGGGCGGCGUGUGGCGGCCGAGCGUGUCGUGCGACAUGCUCGCCGAGCCCACCGCCACUGAUUGCUCGUGCGGCCAACGGGGCAACUGUUCCUACGAUGACACCGGAGCUAUACUUUGUGUUAAUUGCACGGACAACCGCGCUGGGCCGCUGUGUGAUCGCUGUUUGGCGGGCUUCUACAGCGUGUUGCCCGACGGACCUUGCGUGCCCUGCGAGUGCGACCCGGAGGGCUCCGACGGGUCUUGCGAGUGGGACAAGAAGCAGCACCGUGCUAUGUGCAAGUGUCACCCAGGGUACAGAGGCGCGCAGUGCGACGCUUGUGUGGAUCCCGAGGCCACCUUCCCCGACUGUGUGAACGAGGUCACCACGCCCGCCUGCAAAUGCGACCCCAGAGGCAUUGUCGACCCAACGCGCAUCUGUGACGAAGUUUGCAACUGUAAAGCGAACGUGAUAGGUGAGAGAUGCGACACUUGCGCCCCAGGGCACUACGGGCUUAGCGACGCGCUGGUGGCCGGCUGCCGACCUUGCUACUGCUCGCACGUUGCUGACAACUGUGGAGCUGACAGGGAACCUGGCCGGGACAUGGUGCUGCCCCUUGGAGAUGCUUGGCUCAUCAGCGACCUGGAUGCCAAAGAGACGUACGAACCCUCAGUCGACGAGCAGGGGAAGCCAUUCCUUAUUACGUAUGAAAUAGAAGGUUGGGAGAAUUACUAUUGGCUGACGAACACGUUCAACGGUGAGCAACUGUCGGCGUAUGGCGGGGAGAUCAGAGCCACUAUAUUCUGGGGCGUGGCGCGCGGCGACACCGGGGGAAGCCCUACAAUGGGCCCUGACGUCAUACUUGUCUCUGCGGAUGGCACUCGACUGACGUACAGCAAUAGCAGCCACGAGGAACCGGGCCGGCUGGAGAUUGCGGCGACGUUGACGGAAGGCGGUUGGCGCUCGGAGUUGGGCGAUGCGGCCGCGCGCUCCGACCUCCUUGACGUGCUGAGUGAUGUGCGCGCCCUCAUGAUCCGCGCGCACUUUCACAACGACCAGGACGAGGUCCGUUUAGAAGCGGUAGAAGUGCGUGGCGCGGCGGGCGGGGUGCGCGAGCGUUGUGCUUGCCCGCCAGGCUACGCGGGUGCGCACUGCGAACUCUGCGCGUGGACGCAUGCCCGGCUGCGACGCGCGCCCGGCUCCCGCCCAGCCUUCGAAUGCGUGCCCUGCCCUUGCAACGGUCACGCCGGGUGUCGAACUGUUGAUGGACCUUGCGGACAAUGCCAGCAUAAUACUACGGGACUGCAUUGUGAACGAUGUUUGCCUGGACACUACGGCAACCCUGUUCAGGGCGCGUGCAAACCGUGCGCGUGCCCGUUGUACCUGCCCUCCAACAACUUCAGCCCCAACUGCGCGCUGGCGUCCGCCGAGGGUGAUGACUUUGUCUGCACGCAAUGUCCUGAUGGAUAUACUGGAGAUCAUUGUGAACUUUGCGACGUGGGGUACUGGGGCUCCCCGACAACGCCGGGAGGGGCGUGCCGCGCGUGCGAGUGUGGCGGAGCGCCGUGCCGCGCUGAUACCGGCCGCUGCCUUGUAUGCCCGCCGCACACAGAGGGCGCGCGCUGCGAUCAGUGCCAGGAAGGCUACUGGUUCGGCGGAGCAGAGGAGCAAUGCGUCCCGUGCGCGUGUGGUCGCGGCGCACUGUCUGCUGCAUGCGAUGUGCGUACCGGCCGCUGCGCAUGCGCGCCGGGCUGGAAAGGACGUGCCUGCGAUGAGUGUGCACACAUGCACGGCGACGUGGCGGCGGGUUGUCCCUCGUGCCGCUGCGGACUGGCAGCGCUGUCAGCAGUAUGCGAGUCUCGCACCGGGGAGUGCGAAUGUGCGUCGGGCGCGGCACCGCCACACUGCGACACCUGCUUGCCCGCGCACUACGCGCUCAGCGAGACCGGCUGCCUCG